CUAGCCCCCUGUUCCUAUCCUAACCUGACAGCCGUAGCCGCCGUCGUCCAGGACCAAAGACCUUUGAGGGUUGUAGUCAUGUCGGCAGCUGCUCCGGGGACCAGCAAGGCGGCCCACAGUGAUGUGGCCCCGAAAAAAAAGAAGGGACCCGGUGCCCUGGCCACGGCCUACCUGGUCAUUUACAACGUUGUUAUGACAGCGGGGUGGCUGGUGAUAGCUGUGGGUCUGGUCAGAGCUUACCUGGCCAGAGGAAGCUACCAUGGGCUGUACUACUCCAUAGAGAAGCCCCUGAAGUUCUUUCAGACUGGGGCUAUUCUGGAGAUACUGCACUGUGCUCUAGGAAUCGUACCGUCCUCUGUGGUCCUAACUGGAUUCCAGGUCAUGUCCCGGGUCUUUCUCACCUGGGCCGUCACACACAGUGUCAGAGAGGUGCAGAGUGAGGACAGUGUGCUGCUGUUUGUCACAGCCUGGACCGUGACAGAGAUCAUCCGCUACUCUUUCUACACCUUCAGCCUGCUCAAUCACCUGCCUUACCUCAUCAAAUGGGCAAGGUACACCUUUUUCAUUGUGCUGUAUCCCAUGGGAGUGACUGGAGAACUGCUGACUAUCUAUGCAGCGCUGCCAAACGUGCAGAAGACGGGCCUGUACUCUGUCACCCUCCCCAACAAGUACAAUUUCUCUUUCGACUACUACACCUUCCUCAUCCUCAUCAUGAUCUCCUACAUUCCCCUCUUCCCCCAGCUUUACUUUCACAUGAUACGGCAGAGGAAGAAGGUUCUGGGCCACGUAGAGGACUACAGCAAAGUGGAGUGAGCCCAACCGCAUUCAGACAGAUCUGAUCGAGGCACAAGAAACCAAAACAGCCAACAGAAGAGGAACAAAAUUGCGUCUACUUACAGAAACGCAAAGCCCAGCCAGUUUUCAAAACUGCCAGAACCGCCCUGGCAGAAGAAUCAAUUAUCAAGCAACUUUAUUUUUUCCAACUAUUUCCCAGGGUUGUGUAGGUGUUCACAAAUCAUGAACAAACUGGUGUAAUUUUUUUGUUGUUUUUAUUUAUGAACAAACUGCAGUUACCUUUGUUUAGUCAGAGAGCUUGUAGCUGUAAAGAAACUGUAUUUUGACUUGGAUACAGUUGACCUGCCGUCUGAUCAGUGAGCAGAACUCAUCACAGCAAGGCAUUAAACUGAAUGAUGCACUGAUAGAAUCGAUAACCUCCUUUUAAAUGUCACUAUAGAAAAUCCCUAAGAUUUUUCUCCUCCCCAUGGCUCGUAUCUUGGUCUCUUUUAAGUAGCAGUUGUGCUUUACUACGAUGUAGAAAGACUAAUGUGAAGACUAGUACUGAAACUGGGUUGUCUGUAGGUUUUUCAUCUACAUGGUGUGUUUGUUGGUGCAAACUGUGGUCCAGAUUUGUCUUUUUGUUUUUUGUUUUCUUUCAUUCAUUUCAGUCAAACGUUUAAUUACAUUCCUAAUUUAAUUCAAUAAACAUUUUUCAUUCUGUGCUCUCA